AUGUUCCAACGACUAGCCUCUUUGAUGGGCCGUCGCUCACACAAUGGCUCUGGCGAGGACUUCUCUACAUUCCCUGUUCGUCAAUUGUUCGUUUUAGCACUCGUCCGAAUUUGUGAGCCAAUUGCUUUCAUGUCAAUUUUCCCAUACGUAUAUCACAUGGUCGAAUCAUUCCAUGUGACGGAUAACGACCGCCAGAUCGCGCUGUACGCCGGCAUGAUCACCUCCUCAUUCACCUUCGCUGAAUUUUCGGCGGGUAUGUUCUGGGGCCGCAUGAGUGACAGGAUUGGUCGCAAGCCAGUGCUCAUCAUGGGCCUCGUGGGCACGGCCAUCAGCAUGGUAGUGUUCGGAUUUGCGCCCAACUUGGCCACGGCGAUGAUUGCGCGCGCCCUGGGCGGCAUGUUGAACGGCAAUAUUGGAGUUCUGCAGACGACGGUUGCGGAGAUCGUGACGAAGAAGGAGCACCAGCCACGAGCUUAUUCGAUCAUGCCGUUUGUGUGGUGUCUGGGAUCGAUCAUUGGACCGGCUAUGGGCGGCGCUUUGGCCCAACCUUGCGACAACUACCCGGCCCUCUUUGCGCGCAGCACCCUGUGGGAUAAAUUCCCGUUCUUGCUGCCCAACCUGGUCUGCAUCACGGUGCUGAUUUGCGGCAUCGUGGUUGGAUUCUUGUUUUUGGAGGAGACGCACCCGGAGAAGAAGCACCAGCGCGACCCCGGUCUGGAGCUUGGCCACUGGUUGGUCAAUCAGCUCUGGGGUUCCCGCGUGCAACUUCCUGAUGAUUCCGACGUGGACGUUCAGGAGAAGUACUUCGAUGCGCCUCCUGAUUAUACAAGCGCCGAAUCAUCGCCUUGCCUGCGGCCCGUCGAUUGCGACUUGGAGGGGCAGAAGAGCCCCGCGCCCAAGGCUUUUACCCGACAAGUCAUCGUCGUUAUUGUUGCUUACGGGAUCCUUGCCUACCACAGCGUGUCGUUUGAUCAGCUGAUGCCUGUCUUCCUGAGCACUCCUCGAUCCGAUGACGAGGUGGUGCUACCCCUAAAGUUUACCGGCGGCCUCGGCAUGGCCACCAAGACCAUUGGGUUCAUGCUCGCUGUUCAGGGCGUUUACUCGAUGAUCGCCCAACUGUGGCUGUUCCCAUUUGUGGUCAAGCACUUUGGCACUUUGCGCACCUUCCGCUUCGUCUUGCUUGCCUGGCCCCCUCUUUACCUCGCCGUGCCCUACCUCGUCCUUCUCCCCAUCAAGCUGCAGACCUUCGCCGUCUAUGCCUCUUUGAUCAGCAAGAUCACCUUCCAUGUCAUCGCCUUCCCCGCCACUGCCAUCCUCCUGGCCAAUGCCGCCCCGUCAUCCAAAGUAUUGGGCUCUAUCAACGGCGUCGCCGCCUCGACUGCUAGUCUCAGCCGGGCCUUGGGUCCUACUCUUACUGGUCUGCUCCACUCCAAGGGUCUCGAUAGUGGAUACUCCGUGCUGGCCUGGUGGGGCUGCGGUCUUGUCUGCCUGGUCGGUGCCAUCCAAAGUUUCUGGAUGGAGGAGUCUGCGGAGCCUGAGCGCUUCAAGACCCGUCAGCCCGAGGUCAAAGAAUCUGAGUUGAAGCGUGAUGCUCUCUCGGACUUUGCCAAGCUGGGCGAAGAGUCUGAUGAGUUGCCUGAGGAAGAGCAGCGGCUGCUGUCCUUGCGCUCUAGCAUCGACCAUGACUUCGAUGUCUCGAAACUCAACUUGGAGGUCGUCGACAACUUCCCCAAGGCUGAAUGUGAUGUCACUCACGAUACCAAUGUCUAA